AUGCAUGUCUGGGCGCCAGACCUUGAAGAUUUGCCAGAUUCUCUGUACAACAAAGCUUGCAGACAAGUAGCCCUGAAAUCUUUCCGCCAGGCCGCCGUGGGUGGUGCAUUCGCCUACAUGAACAUCCAGAAGAAGUACGCGGUGGAUCUUGGGCUCCUCAUUCCGGCCUACACCCACUUUGUGCACUAUCUGCAAGCUAAUUGGUAUAACCAAGAGAAAAACAAGGAUGGAAAGUUCCAAAUGGACAAAGAGCGGAAAGUGAUAUCAAAGGCAAGAGAACAAUUCACUCACCAGUUCUUUGAUACCCUCACCAAGCCUUACGAUCUCACUCAUGAGAUUGAAAACCAUGAUGAGGACAAUAAACAAACCAAUGGCAAUGACAAUGACAAUGACAAUUCCAGCUUCAAAGGAGAAGAAAUUGAUUUGGCAAACUCGUCAAGUGAAGAAGAAGAAGAACCCAAGGAGAACAAAGAAGAUCGUGCUUUUGUUGAUGACUUGAUGGACACUACCAAUACCCAUCCCGGAGAACACCAGGGCAAGGACAAUGAAGAAGAGCUUGCGCGGGAAGUUUGUUACAAUGCCAUGUUGCUUGAUGAGGACAAAGAUCUCGGACCAGCGGUGGAAAUCAAUAAAUCUUUCAACAUCCAAGCAUUCCUCAAACACGCAUUGAAGGCCAAAAAAUAG